GUGAAUUCGGCAACAAUGGCGGCCACCACAGAGAACGCAGAUCUGAAACGAAAACUAGACGAGAAUCAGGGUGAAGGAAAAGCUGGAGAAGAGGAGGAAUGGGUUGGACCCAUGCCAAGCGAGGCUACACAGACCAAGAAGAGAAAAGGUAUAUGAUGGAAAAGCUAGCUAGCGAGUCAAAACAACUUGUCGUAGCUAGCUAUGUUAGUGCAAUGCUGGAGGUGUGCUAACUUCUGUGCUCCUAGCUAUUAAGCUAGCCAGAGUGCCUAUUGCUCAAACAAUUUCCCAGAACGAAGCUGAAAAUAGUGUUGCUCUCAAAUUGUGCUUGCUUUUAACAAAUAGUGGUUUUGUUUUUGUACAGUGCUGGAGUAUGAACGUGUGUAUUUGGACAACUUGCCAUCGGCAGCCAUGUACGAGAGGAGCUACAUGCAUAGGGAUGUUAUAACGCACAUUGUCUGUUCCAAGUAAGUACUGUAACGUUAGAUAACUAGCUAUUGCCUUUUUCUAACUACAGGUAUAUGGCUCUUUGUCGGUCAUCACUAGUUACCACAGCCACAAAGUUAUAAACCCCCAAAGUUAUGUAUCUUCUUAAAAUCUGAUUUUAAACCUAACUUUAACAGUAACCUUAACCACACUGCUAACCUUAUGCCUAACCUUGAAUUUGGGUUUUCAUGAGAUUUUACGAUAUUGCCAAUUUUGACUGAGGCAGUGGUACCCUCUUGGUCCCGUACGAGACACUUUAACGUGCUGAUUUGUUUACUUCCUGGUUCAUUGAUUUGUGUUUUUCUGGAUGUAAAAUGUUACACAUGCCAAUGGUGAUCAGUCUGCCUCUUAAACUCUAGUAUUCUUUUCAUUUCCAGGACAGAUUUCAUCAUCACAGCCAGUCAGGAUGGCCAUGUGAAGUUCUGGAAAAAGAAAGAAGAUGAGGGGGUAGAGUUUGUCAAACACUUCCGCAGUCAUCUGGGUACGAAUAAUGCCUCUGUAUCUUAAUACAACCUCAGACUGGGCUUUAGACUGACUGAAAUGUAAUUUCAGGGCUUGAAUUCACUGUUGUCAUACUUGUUCUAUGUGUUACAGGAGUGAUAGAGUGUAUUUCUGUCAGUGCUGAUGGAGCUCUAUUGUGUUCUGUUGGGGACGACCAGGCCAUGAAAGUGUUUGAUGUGGUCAACUUUGACAUGAUCAACAUGCUCAAGCUGGGGUGAGUUUGCAUCUUUUGCUUAUUGUUUUUAAAGGUGAAACGUCUAGCAGUUUAGCUUGUUGCCUUAACCAAAAUAUAUCCCAUCUCUCUCCAAAAGAACCAUGAGUGUCAUAGAGUUAUGACACAUUUGAUUCCUAGUUGAUCUGCCAUUCCUCUGCUCUGUGUGUUGUGUAGUUUCCACCCUGGCCAGUGUGAGUGGAUCUACAACCCAGGCGACGCCAUCUGCUGCGUGGCCUGCUCAGAGAAAUCCACUGGGAAGAUCUUUGUCUAUGAUGGACGGGGAAGCAACGAGAAACUCCACACCUUCGACAAGAUGCACUCCUCUCCGCUGUCCCAGAUCCGCCUCAACCCUAGAUACAGGGUCAUCGUCUCCGCAGACAAGGCUGGAAUGCUGGAGUAUUGGACCGGCCUCCCCAGCGAGUUCAAAUUUCCCAGGCACGUGGACUGGCAGUAUAAGACUGACACAGACCUUUAUGAGUUUGCCAAAAACAAAACCUACCCCACAAGCCUGGCUUUCUCCCACGACGGGAAGAAGAUGGCUACCAUCGCAACCGACAGGAAAGUCAGGAUCUUCCGCUUCCUGACGGGCAAACUGAUGAGGGUGUUUGAUGAGUCGUUAUCGGUAAGUUUCCAACUUUCAGAAUCGGGUCUUUACUUUAUUUCAUAUUGCUAUUAAAAAACUGUGCUACAUCUUAUAAUCGUUUAUCACACGAUACUGACAAAUUGGUAGCCUAGUAUUCACAGUUUCCCACAUUUCCCAGUGCAUUGUGAUAAUUUCUUUCAUCAUGGCCCAUCUCUGACCUGGUCCUGUAGAAGUUCACAGAGCUGCAGCAAAUGAAGCAACAGCUGCCAGACAUGGAAUUUGGUCGGAGGAUGGCGGUGGAGAGGGAACUGGAGAAGGUGGAUGGAAUCAGGCUGACCAACAUCAUCUUUGACGAGACGGGUCACUUUGUCCUCUACGGAACCAUGCUGGGCAUCAAAGUCAUCAAUGUGGAGACCAACAGGUAGUGUUUAAAUGGUCAAAAUGGACUUCACAGACAGUAAUAUCCUCUAAAAAUGCAGUGGUUGUCAGCCAUGGAGAGGUACAGGGAGAGCAGGCUAUUUUUGUACCAGCCCUGCACCAAAAAAAACUAAUUCAUGAAACCCCUUUGUCUUGUGAAAGUGAUUAGUCCAAGAUGUUUUUAUUUCCCACCCGUGUAUGUGUUCAGGUGUGUGCGUAUCCUGGGGAAGCUGGAGAACAUUCGUGUGGUGAAGCUGAGCCUGUUCCAGGGGGUUGCCAAGGCAUGCAACACAGCUCCCACCAUCGAGAUGAAGGCAUCAGACAACCCGGCCCUGCAGAGCACAAUGCCAGACCCCACCAUCUUCUGCACUGCCUUCAAGAAGAACCGCUUCUACAUGGUGAAAAUUCAGUCAACUUUAUUUGUCCCUGCAGGGCAAUUGUAGCCCCUAAAAGAGAAAUGGUAUAUUACUGUUGCUCCCUUGCAGUGCUGCUAUUUAUUUGCUAUUUUAAACUGGGUGGUUCGAGCCCUGAAUGCUGAUUGGCUGAAAGCCGUGGUAGAUCAGACCGUAUACCACGGGUAUGCAAAACAUUUAUUUUUACUGCUCUAAUUACAUUGGUAACCAGUUUAUAAUAGCAAUGAGGCUCCUCGUGGGUUUGUGAUAUAUGGCCAAUAUACCACGGCUAAGGGCUGUGUCCAGGUGCUCCGUGAUGCGUCGUGCCUAAGAAAAGCCCUUACCUGUGGUAUAUUGGCCAUAUACCACACCCCCGUGCCUUAUUGCUUCAUUCUUGGCCAUAUUUUCACCCGCAUUAUAUCAUUUCCUCAGCAUUUGUCACUUUCACUUAUUUUCUCUUUGUAGUUCUCCAAGAGGGAGCCGGAGGACACUAAAAGUGCAGAGUCAGACAGAGACGUGUUCAACGAGAAGCCGUCUAAGGAGGAGGUGAUGGCUGCUACCCAGGCAGAGGGGCCCAAGAGGGUGUCAGACAGCGCCAUCAUCCACACCACCAUGGGAGACAUCCACAUCAAACUGUUCCCUGUCGAGUAGGUCACCCUCUGUUGUAUUAGAGGACUUCCCUGAGGGCUUCCUUCCCAUUUGCAAUGCCAAGGGUUCUGUCUGUUAACUUUCCUCAGAACCUAUACAGUUUUGCAAUUAUGAUACAUUUUAUGGGACAAUUUUACUUAUGUUUAUGGACUACUUUGUGUAUCUCAGGUGUCCCAAAACGGUGGAGAACUUCUGUGUUCACAGCAGGAACGGUUAUUUCAAUGGCCACAUAUUCCACCGCGUCAUCAAGGUAGGAUAUUUAAUCACUGCUCAUUGUUUUGACUUGGUAGUAGGAACUUAAUCAUGAGAUGUGAUGGACUAUGUUUUGACUGUGUAGUCUUUCCUCUCCACCCAGGGCUUCAUGAUCCAGACAGGGGACCCAACAGGGACGGGCAUGGGAGGGGAGAGUAUCUGGGGAGGGGAGUUUGAGGAUGAGUUCCAUGCCACACUGAGACACGACCGGCCCUACACCCUCAGUAUGGCCAACGGAGGCCCCGGAACCAACGGAUCACAGUUCUUCAUCACCGUCGUGCCUACGGUAACUAAGGGCUCACUCUCUCUGUGAAGUCUGAUAUUUUACUUUCUCUGUAUUCCUUCAGUUGAAGUAAUAUCUUUGCCUGUUUCGUCAAGUAUUGUACCAAUGUAUAUUUCUGCAUUAUGUACAAAGAUGUUCGUUUAGGUUUAUUUGAACAGCAUUCCCUACUUGUCUUUUUAGCCCUGGCUAGACAACAAACACACAGUGUUUGGGAGGAGUGCCAAAGGAAUGGAGGUGGUUCAGCGGAUCUCCAACCUCAAAGUCAACCCUAAAACAGACAAACCUUACGAAGACAUAAGCAUCAUCAACAUCACCAUCAAGUAGUCACAUUUCCAUCUCACCAGUAUGUUGUGUACUAUUAUUACGUUCCAUUUUUACAAAGUAAAAAGUGUUGGAUUAUUCAAGAAUGCAUCUUGCCAUCUCUGUGGCAUUUUCUCUUGGAUGUGAGAAAUGAAGAAUUUGUUGGUUGCUUAGUAACAUGUUUGUCAACAGAGCUGUACCUUGAAUAAACAAGUGUCUUAUUAACAUUCAUUACAGAACGUUCAGAUAGAAA